UGUUUUGCAGACUGCACUGUGAAUGCACAUAGAGCCGUGUGUGAAAAGAGCAAUUCAGUUCGGUGAUUGGAUUAACACAAACAACACAAACUCGAUCACACGAAUCAUCCAUGUCAUGCCAGUUUUGAUUACAGCAACAGUAUUUAUUUAUAUAGCGUCACUCAUCAAAGGACCUCAAAGCGCUUUCAUGAGUGGAAUUAAACGCUACAGUUGCGUACUGCUGUGUCGUAUUGUUUGGGGGAAAAUGACAGCCUUUAUAUUCGGCUUUUAAAACAAAACACAAAUAUCUAGAGAGAACAAAACUUAUAUUUUAUUUAUAAUAGACAGGCGUACCUGUUGGAGAAUGGGGCAUUAAUAGGACUAAUACAAUGAAAACUGCAGCUACACUUUUACAAAGCAUUUUAAUAAAGCGUGGAGGCUGUUGUGGAGUUUAGCGUUCUUGGCAACUUUAUACACAAGUCUACAAUAGACUUCUAAACGCACCAAGGGACGCAAGUUAUACUUGUAUUUCUGUCUGCUCAUAAACAAAGGGGGAAAAAGUAUUGGAGCAAAGGAAAUAGCCGCCUCCCCUUUAAGCAUUUUGAGCCGCAUGAGGUGGAGAAACAGCUGAAAAUGCAACCUGAUCCUGUGGGAGUUCCCUUUCUCUUAAUAACAUCGCUAUCCCUCCUCUGCUCUCAUGCAAACAUACCACGGUGCAAGAGAGUGAGUGAGUGAAUGAGGGAGUACCGGGGAGACUUUCACUGUGAAACGGACUUCGAAAACAAAGUAGAGUUUUUAAAUGUGUGGAAACUCGAACCAAACUGGAAUUUGACAACUUGGCUACCGACAGCAAGUGCUGUAAUAUCGAGCUCCAUUGCAGGAUUGCAGCGUUUGUCACUGCUGGUGAUUGGAGAUCGUGUGAACACAUUACUCAUUAGCCAUGGAUCCAAUAACAAAGUGGACCCCUAAACACGUUGUGGACUGGAUGAAAGGUCUGGAUGACUCCCUUCAGCAAUACGUUUGUAGCUUUGAACGAGAGAAGAUAAACGGCGAGCAGCUGUUGAAGAUUUCUCACCAGGAUCUGGAGGAGCUGGGAGUUGCACGGAUUGGGCACCAGGAGCUCGUACUGGAAUCAGUGGAUCUGCUCUGUGCUCUGAAUUAUGGCCUUGAAACUGACAACCUGAAGAGUUUAGUUGUGAAGAUGCGAGCCUCGAUAGGCAACCUCCAGAACUCAAUAGCCAGCAGGAGGAACAAUCCCUCGUAUGAUGGAGGCACAUCUCGCAAGCCUACCAAUGACUUCCUGACCUCUGUGGUUGAACUUAUAGGCCCUGCUAAGGCCUUGCUUGCGUGGCUGGACAGGACACCCCUGACUGGGAUCAGCGAUUUCUCAUCAACAAAGAACAAAAUCAUUCAGCUGUGCCUGGAUCUCACAACCACAGUUCAACAGGAUUGCACAGUGUUUGAAAUGGAGGAGAAAAUCCUUGAAGUCUCCAAGAUUUUGAAUGGGAUUUGUGACCAGACGAUGAGGACCACCUCGGACCCUUUAAAGAGUCUGUGCACAUGUGUGGAGGAGGUGCAGCUCACACACAUCACAGCCGGGGAAGGGCUGGGCAUGUAUAUCAAAUCAACCUAUGAUGGUCUGCAUGUCAUCACUGGAACCACUGAAAAUUCUCCUGCUGACAGAACACACAAGAUCCAUGCUGGGGAUGAGGUGAUACAAGUCAAUCACCAGACUGUGGUUGGCUGGCAGUUAAAGAACCUCGUUGGCAAGCUCCGUGAAGAUCCUUCUGGUGUUGUGCUUCUCCUGAAGAAAAGACCCACGGGCAGCUCCAACUUUACCCCUGCGCCGCUGAAAAACAUGCGCUGGAAGCCUCCUCUCGCACAGACCAGUCCUUCUCAAAGCUCAGCUCAGUCCCCGAGCAGCACAAUGGACACCUCCAUGAAGAAAGAGAAGCCAGCUAUUCUGGAUCUCUACAUCCCUCCACCGCCUGCUGUUCCAUACACCCCACGAGAUGGGAAAGGUAGUCUUCACUUCUCUGGAGUGUAUAAGAGUCCUUUAAAGCCAAAAGGCUUGGAGUCUCCCAAUUCCUUUCUGGAUCAAGAAAGCAGACGCCGGUUCACCAUCGCUGAUUACGACCACCUGGGCGUCUCCCCUAUCGAAGCAAGCUUGCUGCCCACAAAGAUGAGGGGAAGAAGCCAGUGCCACGGAAAGCCUCGUCCUCUCUCAAUGCCUGUUGAUGGGAGCCGGUUGGGGGCGGUGGAUUCUUGUUCAAAGCCAUGGACACAACGAAGAAAAGGAGAGGACGUCUUGUACAGAAACAUGAGCAACGAGCGGAUCCCAACGAUUAUUGAAGAAAGCCCCUCCAUGCAGCAGCUCCACAGAUCUGUGACUGAAAGGAAUUUCAUGCGAGGCGUGGAUCACAUCAGAGGCAGCAGAUACUUUGUGAAUGCAGACCUGCACAGCAGCGCCACCAUCCCCUACCAGGAAGAGACAGCCCGAAAGACUCCCGUCACCCCUCCCACAAAAACCACGGCCGCAGAGCCCUCGCUACUGGUCAGUUGGAUCACAAGGCUUAAGCUAUUGACGCAGUGAUUGUGUGGCUUGUGGGACCUCCCUUUCAGUCUCCAAGCUCCUUUGUUCUCCUGUCCCAGUUGUCUUUCUGCACCUUCAGUAUUAAGCUAUUGUGCUGCUGGGGGGGAGGGAGGGGGAUGUGGUCUUCCCAGCAAGGCUGUUGUUGCUUCAACAAGUGUCUUGCUUUUGACUGGCUGCCAGUGCAUUGCACAUGUUUUCACAGGUGAACUAAUUCUGAUCCAGGACUCAACAGUUUUGGUUACUGAAGUUAGCUUUCUGGUGUAUACUUAUUAACCUAAUAAAAACUGUCAGAAGCCUUAUUGUACAGCUGUGUUGAUUUUCACUUGCCAAAGUGUUGAAAGGGUUCGUUACAUUUCAGUCGGUAGUUUGAUAGGAUAGCAGUACAGAUUUUUUUUUUUAUCCGUAAAAUGUCACUUUAGCAGUUCUAAUUUUGUAUUUAACAUGUUAAAAAAAAAAAUGUUUUCAAACUACUUUUCUAUAUUUAAAUAUAGUUCUAUGUUUUUUGUUCUGUAUUUGUGUGAGGUUUUUUUGUGGGUUUUUUGUGUUUUUUUUUUGUUUUUUUUUAAAUGCUCAAACAGCCAAUUGUUGCCUCUAGCACUAUGCAUUAAGGAAAACAUUACUGUUACAUUAAUCAUUUCAUUAGCAACUGUCUUUCACCUUUGAUCCACUAAAUUUGGGAUUACAGAUAUUACCACUUUUUAUAAUAUGGGUUUCCAUCUAAACACUGUUUGAGAGAUGACUUCUGGACCACAAGCACUGCCUCCACUAUAAAUACAGCCCCUGUCGCUGCACAGUGUUCAGAGCAAGUGUACUGCCAAUGGUCUUAACCACACUAAAGAGACUGGGGGUGCCGCAGUUGGGUUUGUUCGAUUGGACGUUUAUUUAUGUGCCUUGUUAACCUCCGGGUGAUCAUCAUCACAACAUUACCAAGGGAAAGAAAUAAUUGUCUUCGAAGAUAUAUUCAAAUUUGAAAUGGUAUUGCAAUCUUGCUGUUAGAAACUGUAUUCUGUUGAUACGUGAGAUGUACCUGAGCUCCUUUUGUAACAAAGCUGAAAAUAGUGUUUAUUAAAGGCCCACUUGA